AAACAAACCGCGACGAGGGAACGAGCUGAACCACCCGGUGCAUGUAGUAUCUCGUUCCGCUGUGUGCAGAGGUCAGCUGACAGCUGCUUGGUGAACAGGUGGAGUGGACCAGCACGUGCAGGCAGGAGGAGGAGGAGGAGGAGGAUCAUGCAGUGCACUCCUGAAUCCAACGUCUACCUGGAGAGCUGCAAAGGCCAGAGCUGCGAUGGCGACUGCUCCGACAGCGGCUACUCGGGCGUGUUCCACACGCCGCAGAGCGUCCGCGGGCUGGACUCCUGUCGCUCCUUGUCCCCGGUGGAGUUCAGCGAAACGCCGAAAGAGAACAUCUGGCUGUCCGUCACGCCCAAGGAGAGCACAUGGGAGGCGGCGGGAUGCGUGGGCAAAGACCCCCGGGGUGUCCACCAGCGGCCCGCGGCGGUCGGCUGGUGCGAAACGCCUCGCGCGCACAGGAGGGACGCCCCGAUGCGACAGAGGCUGCUCAUGUGCAAACCCGCCGCGGACGUCAAAACCGAGCACGCGAGAUCGCCGCGCGGCAGGAGGGCCGAGUCGGAACACUGGCUCGGCGCGUCGUUCGACUCUCUGGACGCUUUGAAGUUGGAGCGGGACCUGUUGCUGUCCGGGAGGAAACGCCGGCUCCUCUUCACGCAGACGAGGACCUCGACUCUCGAAAACGGCAAACUCGACUCCUCCGCUCACCUGUCCAGUUUCGAGAGAAAGGCGUCGCUGUUGGACGUGGAUUUCGGCGACUGCGAUCAAAUUGACAUCCGGACUCCGUGCUUCAUCAAAUCCUUGCCGGCGCCGCCUCAGGAAACCCCUCCAUCGCCAGACAGCGGGGUCACGCAUGGUCUCUAUGACGUCUCCAGUGUGUUGUGCACACCGUCGUCACGCACGCCCAAAUAUCUCAGGUCUCUGUGUGAAGACAGCGGCUUCAGUUCCCUGAGCCUCGAUAAAUCCCAAGACUCCUCGGCGGACAACGACGGCUCGUUCCUGGAGUUGCUCGCCUCGGCCUCCAAAGGAAACCCGGACACCCCGACUCCGGCGGAGGCGCGGCGGCGCUCCCGCCUGCAGCGGCAACAUCGGCUCUCCACGCUCAAAGAGGGCGGCUCUCAGUCCGAGGAGGACCCGGCGGAGAGGAAGCGCGGACACCUACGCCAAAGCCACGUCCUUUCCCCGGAGGAUGAGGUCUUUGCCCACGGCGCCACCCCUCGCCCCGACCCGGCCGCCGCCACCCCCCCGCUGAGGCCGGAGAGCACGACGCCCCGCGGCGCGACGACCCCCGUCGACCUCUCGCUGACGCCGGCGCUGCAGCUGAUCCACGCCAUGUGCCAGCUGACGGCCCACAUGUUCGUCGGCCAGAGCCCGAGCCUGAAGGAGCAGCUGAAGUCCACCGAGGCGCUGGCCCGGACCCCCGUGGAGUUCAGGACCACCAUGCCGCUGGCGGGGCUGAUCGGAAGAAAGAUGGGCCUGAGGAAGGUGGACGUCCUCACGGAGCUGAGGAAGAGGAACCUCCGGCACAUCCUGUCCGUCAUCCUCGGCCACCUGACCUCUGAGAGCGUCUACAUGUGUGGCCAGGUGUGCACGAGCUGGAAGGAAAUCCUCCAACAAGACAAGCGAGCUAGUUUGAAGAGAAGGAACUACGUGAGAGAAGUGGAGGCUGCUCUCAAGCUCGCCGGCGACGACAACGUCAACGAAGCGGAGACGAGACUCGCUCUGCUGAAGCGCUCGGCCCUGAAGAAGGUUCAGGCCCAGUCCAGGACCUCCAGCCUCUGCACCCCUCAGUCAGGGAAUCGCACUUUAACCCCAUCGCAGCUCAGCGCCUCGACCUCAGGCGGCCGCAGCAAACGAGACGAAUUCCUAGAAAUCGCCCAAACCCUCUUCAACGACGAGUGCCUCAAGCCGUGCCCCCGGUGCCGGCACCCCGCCCGGUGCCACUCGGUGAAGCAGGAGGGCGUGUGCAGCCGGGCGGACUGCGGCUUCCGGUUCUGCACGGCCUGCCUGUGCGCGUUCCACGGCUCCCGAGAGUGCGGCAGCCAAUCGGUGGGCCGACGCGCGAAGGACACGCUUCUGCCGGGGAGCGCACAGAGCAAGAGGAACGUUCGGCGGCUGUGAGCGGCGGGACGGCCCGUGGCCCCGGUUGUUAUGCCGACGACACUUUGAAUGCUCGAUGGUGCACGUGAAAAGUGAAAUAUAGCCAGUACACGAGAGCAACUUCUGUACUUAUCCGUGUGUCUUUGUGCCCGUUUUGUAAUGUAUUUACUGUCUUUUUUUUAAUUUUAUUUUUACCAACACAGUUCUUGUGUUUUUAAUUAUGAAUGUGAAGGAAGUCCAGCAGAAAAGCGACUGAAUUUAGCUGUUGAUGUAUUUUUUCUACCCACAUUAAUCUACUGUUCUGCAAUUACUUUGGGAUUUUUAGCUUUUACUCAAGUGUUUUCACAACUGUUUUAAAAUAAAUGCU